AUGGCCGACUCCAGCACCACCGCUCCUCCUGCACCUCCGGCCGAGGAUUCGGGCAUGGAGUACGAGGAAGGUGACACCGUGGAUGCCUCAAGCGGCGACGAGGCGGCCCACAAUGAUAACGGCGCCUCGUCCGAUGCCAACCCGAAGAAACGUAAGAGGGAGAAGCAUCAGAAGACCUCCUGCGAGCUCUGUAAGGCACGCAAGGUCAAGUGUGACCGUGCUGAGCCCGCCUGCUCCUGGUGCGCGCGACACAACCGGACAUGCGUCUAUCUCGAGAGGCAGAAGCCUGGGAGCCGCAUAGGCUUCGGUCUCGAGCUGGAGGCCAAGGUCAACAAGAUUGAUGCCUUGCUACAAUCACUCGGUCGCCGACUCGAAGACCACAUCGAGUCCCACGACAGCCCUCAUGCCAUCCUCAGCGGCCACCAUGGCGAUCUGCCCCAGCGCGCCGGGGUGGCAUCGUCGACAGCACCGUCAGGGACGCCGACGUCGCAAAAUGGCCCCUUGACGGGGUACUGGCCAGGCAGUGACGCACCCGACGUUAGCCAGUACGGCAUCCAGCCGCCGAUACCUCCACCAGUGUCAUCACAACAGCAACACUCAAAAACUCACAAGAAGCAGCAGCAGCAGCAGCAGCCGCCGCCCAACAGCAUCCCGCCCGCUUCAACGCCCUACAGUCAUGGCGCCGCACCGUCGCCGAGCGUCACAGGGCAACGACCUGGGCCCGCUCUGACCGACCUCCCGCCGCAGGACGUCAUCUACACCCUCGUCGACCUAUACUUUAAACAUUGUAACACGUGGUGCCCGAUACUCGAUCGCAAAUCUACCUUUGGCAUCUUCUUCGGAUCAACCUCCAUGGGCGAGGCUGACCGCGUCCUGCUACAUGCCAUCGUGGCGACAACCCUACGCUUUCUGCGCGACCCACGGCUCUCCUACGAGGCAAAACUGCACUACCACGCGGUAUCUAAGCGAAAUGUGCAACUGUAUGCCAUGGAGAAUGUCAGCAUCGACGCCAUCAAGGCCCUCGUCAUUCUCUGUCUCGAUGAGCUGGGCACUUCCAACGGCCCAAGAGGCUGGAACAUGCUGUCCAUGCUGGCGCAGAAUGUUCGACAACUCAACCUGGGCGACGAAACCGCCGUAUUCAUGGUCACCGACAAGGAAGAGAUGCCAGGGACAGGUUCGGUACGACGCGUCAUCACGGGACGCCCCGAAUCGUGGAUCGAAGACGAGGGCCGACGCCGAAUAUGCUGGAUGGUAUACCUGCUUGACCGCUAUGCGACCAUUGCCACGGCCGACUUUGACUUUCUACUCGAGGAAGUCAGAAUGAAGAGGCUACUCCCUUGCUCGUACGAUUUGUUCUCUCGAAACGUACCCGUCGAGACGCAAACUGUCACAUAUAACGACGACGGCACGCGUGAGCCGUACACUGUCAACCAUCCCGAGAAUCUGGGCUCGUUCGCGUACCACUGCGAGAUUCUGCGCAUUGUCAGCCGGAUACACAACUUUCUGCGGACGCCCGUUGAUGUGACGUCCUCCACCGCCAUGUCGUCCUGGGGCGCGACAUACCGAUCUUUGGACUCCUCACUGGAUGCGUGGCUUCAAUCAUUGCCGAGCGAGUACUCGAAAGUGUCCGCCCUGUGCCACUCGGAUCCCGCCAGCCGGGUAGCGAACUGGUUCAUGCUACACAGCGCCUACGUUGUCGCCGUGGUACGACUGCACUCUGCUGCGGCCUAUCCGACCGUCCGAUCCCCUGUUUUCAUGCCGUCUCACUACGCUACGCAACGGUGUCUGUCAGCGGUGCAGUCGCUGGGCGACAUUGCAAGAGACGUGUACGAGGCUGAUGGUCUUGACCUUCUGGGGCCACCGUUUGCGUUCUCACUAUGGGUGGCGGCACGGCUUCUGCUCGUGCAUGCGGCCACGGUGGGUUGCGCGGUCGACCCGCAGAUCGAGUUCCUCAUAGAGACCCUCAACCACGUGGGACAGUACUGGGAACUAGCGAACAACUACGCCAAAGUCCUCACGCGAGCUGUGCAGAUGGGACGGCAAAGCGGGUAUGCCGCGAUGAGAAAGGUAACCUCGCCCGCAGAACUUGACAAUAUGGAUCUCUUCAAUUUCUUCAACGUCCCGGCAUUGGCCGAGGCGACCGCAGGGCAGACGACGUCCCUGCUCGGGACGGGCGCGACGGGCGCGCUGCCAGACCCGGAGCGAGACUGGCUCCGGUACGGGACACCGUACGGUUAA